UUGAAGGGGUUUCUAAUCUUUACUAUUAUUUCACUAAAACUGUCAAAAACUGGGGAUUUUUUUUCGAUAUUUUAUACGUCAGGUAAAUAUAAUUAUCCCACAAUUUUGAACAAUGUCCAAGGCUACAACAAUCAAGGAAGCAUUAAAGAGAUGGGAGGAGAAAACUGGUCAGACCGCAGCAGAAGCAACCGAUGUUCAACUACAAUUCCAAUGGCCACCCAUUGAGAAGAUGGAUAACACCCUUUCAACCUUGAAGAAUUGCGAGAGAUUGAGCUUAUCAACGAACAUGAUUGAAAAAAUUGUUGGAUUAAACGGGAUGAAAAAUUUGAAGAUUCUAUCACUGGCGAGAAAUUACAUUAAAACCCUGGCGGGUUUGGAAGCAUUGGGCGAGAACUUGGAGGAACUUUGGAUCAGCUACAAUUUAAUUGAAAAACUGAAAGGGAUCGAAGCGAUGAAAAAUCUGAGAGUUCUGUAUAUUGGCAACAAUAUGGUGAAAGAUUGGACGGAGUUCAGCAAAAUUAACUCUUUGCCGAUGCUAGAGGAGUUGUUGUUUAGUGGAAAUCCUUUGGCGGAAAAUAUGGACGAAAACGUAUAUCGGAAUGAGGCUAUAAGGAGAUUGACAUAUGUUAAGAAAUUGGAUGGAGAACCGAUUUUAAGAGGAGUGUAGGGAGAAAUAUGCAUAGCUAUGGUGGUGUUGUGAAAUAAUGGAGGAUUUC